AUGCCUCCCAAAUCUGCAAAAGCUAAGGAAGCACCAGCUGAGCGACCCAUCCUUGGCCGAUUCUCAUCUCACCUUAAGAUUGGCAUUGUUGGAUUGCCGAAUGUUGGAAAAUCUACUCUUUUUAACACUCUCACAAAGUUGUCAAUACCUGCUGAGAACUUCCCUUUCUGCACAAUUGAACCCAAUGAAGCCCGAGUCAAUGUUCCCGAUGAGCGAUUUGACUGGCUUUGUCAAUUAUACAAGCCAAAAAGCGAGGUCUCAGCUUUUUUAGAAAUCCAUGACAUAGCCGGACUUGUUCGAGGUGCCCACGAAGGACAAGGGUUGGGCAACAGUUUCUUAUCCCAUAUCCGUGCUGUUGAUGGCAUAUUUCAUGUUUUACGUGCAUUUGAAGAUCCGGAUAUCAUCCAUGUUGAUGAUACUGUGGAUCCUGUGAGGGAUUUGGAGAUUAUUAGUGCAGAAUUGCGCCUAAAGGAUAUUGAAUUCAUGGAGAGGAGGAUAGAAGAUCUUGAAAAGAGCAUGAAGAGGAGCAAUGAAAAGGCGUUAAAAAUUGAGCAUGAGCUAUGCCAAAAGAUCAAGGCAUGGCUUGAGGAUGGAAAAGAUGUCCGUCUAGGGGAGUGGAAAGCUGCUGAAGUCGAGAUCCUGAAUACCUUUCAAUUGCUAACGGCCAAGCCUGUUGUUUACUUGGUUAACAUGAAUGAGAGAGAUUACCAAAGGAAAAAGAACAAAUUCUUGCCAAAGAUCCAUGCUUGGGUGCAGGAACAUGGAGGUGAACCGAUUAUUCCAUUCAGCUGUGCAUUAGAAAGGAAUCUUGCUGAUUUGCCACCAGAGGAAGCAGCAAAGUAUUGUGAGCAGAACAAUGUACAAAGUGCCCUUACCAAGAUCAUAAAGACUGGAUUUUCAGCGAUUAAUCUCAUAUACUUUUUCACUGCCGGUCCUGAUGAGGUGAAGUGCUGGCAAAUUAGGCGGCAGACAAAAGCUCCUCAAGCUGCAGGGGCCAUCCAUACUGAUUUCGAGAAAGGGUUUAUUUGUGCUGAGGUGAUGAAAUUUGAAGAUCUGAAAGAACUAGGUAGUGAGCCGGCUGUUAAGGCUGCUGGUAAGUACAGACAGGAGGGGAAGACAUACGUGGUCCAAGAUGCAGAUGUGAUAUUUUUCAAGUUUAAUGUUUCGGGGGGUGGCAAGAAGUGA